GUAAAUCGAAUCAAGUAUCGAUAGGUGAAAUAUUUCGAAACGCAUAGAUAAAACUCCCCCACUGGUUUUUGUUUUCAAUUAUUAUAAGGUAACAAGCGGAAACAACAGCCGUGGCAGAGAUUUAACAGCAACCAUACAUCUCCAAUUUCCUUCUACCGGACGCCAAUCUUCCGCAAUCGACUUACCAUCAAACCACGGGAUCCACGGGAUCCGUUCAGCUGUAAAAUGCCCGGCAUCGCCUCCUCUACAUACCUGGUCUUCUAGAUCUGCCUACGGUGUGUACUCUUUUCCAAUUGCAAAGCCAGGGCCAAACUCCUUCGUAUCUCUCCUGUAAUAGACACCCUACUUGUCCUACCCUAGCUCCAGCAAUCCCUCCUGCUCUCCCAACCCCAUUCACGAAGCGCAUGCCCACAGCAUCUCCCAAGCGCCUUCCUUCACACAGACUUCUCAGCACCAGACGACCACGAAAAGGGAGCAACCUUGCACCUGUAGAUACACAGUAACUUGACCACUACAGCCCUCAUCCAUGAAUUCCUUCCUUCACUCUCUGUCUGUCUCUGGGAUGGUGUUCAUCAGAAGCGCAUGGUGCCUUGGAAUCUCCCCACCGCUCGAUUUUCUCGACGACUGAUGAGGGCAUCAGACAUUCGUAAUUUCAUAUCCUUCAACGAGAAACUGUCAUCGCACGUAAAAGUUGCAGUGGAGGAGGGUACGACUAAGAGCUCCCCUUUGACCGAUGAGCGAGCCAGUGAUUCGAAGCUGCCGUCUGCAUGUACCCCCCUCCUCCCGAGAUGGUGGUCAGAGACCGAGCAGACAACGAGCAAGGAGGGGAAAGAAGAGGGCGCGCAGGACGGACGCGGCAGUGGCCGAGCUCGCGGCCAUUUGCGGGCCGGGAGGGGGCGGGGGCGCGGGGUCGGGGCUGUCGGCCGGGUCGUGGAGCUCGAAAACGCCCGAAAUCAGGCACUCGGGGGGGCUGGCGGGGUGGUCGGCCGUUUGCCAGAUGACCGAGCCAUCCGAGGCCUUCAUGAUGAAGUUGCCGGUAUCGUCGAGCUGCAGCAAGCGCACUCCCAUGCCGCUGGUGUUGGUCUGCCAGGCCACGGCUCCCGAGCCGGUCAGGAACUGCAUGUCGCCGUCGCCCGUUGCCACGAGCUUGCAGCUGUCCACCUCGACCGACACAUUGCACGGCGCGCGCCACCGCAGCAUCCUGCGGUUCGACUUGUCCACCACGGCCACCCAGCAGAAGUGCGUGUCCUCCACAUCAGCCAGCUGCAGCGAGAACUGGUACCUCCCGCUCGGCGACUGCAGCACGGGGUUCGACCAAUUGCCUGAAAAUCCCGUGUCCCCGUAGUCCAGCACGGCCAAUUGAAUCUGCACUCCGCUGUCCAGCUCAAGCUGCGUCGGCAGCCCUUCAAAGCUCCCCCCUUGCGCCUGCGCCAGCGGCAGCGCCAGACCCAGCAGGAGCAGCAGUAGCAGCGCCAAGCUCCUCGUCCCGAUCCCGAUCCUCGCUCCUCGACCUGAAGUUGCCCUCAUCGCCCCUGCCCACUCUCGACUCCUCGUCUCCUGCAUUGCUCUCUCUCUCCGAAUGUGCAUCGAUCGAUUUACCCAUUUCCAGCGCACUAGCUCGCUCGUAGAAGCUCGACCGAGCAUGCACUCCACUGGAAUGAGCCCGACCGUGACUGCAGCAACAACAUGCACGUCCUCGUGACUGGACCCGGGACUGGACCCCUCGUCUCCGUCUUCGUAGUCGUCGUCUUCAGCAGCAAACGCAUCACGAGUCCAUCAUGUCCUCCAGAGGGAUGUGCGCUCGCCGAGCGGCAGCAGCACAGGAGAAGCAGAAAACCCCUCCCAUCAAUCGAUCGAUCGAUCGAUAGACCGAUCCACGAGAACCGACCCCGUCCACGUUCCUAGUCUUCCCCGGAUGCGACGACCGUGAUCCAAUCUCAGCACCACCGCCUGCAGCAGAAUCAGGCCGCCGCUGUCGAUCAAGGCAGCAGCAGCAGCAGCCGCAGCAGGAGAACAAUCACAAUCGCAUCCCAGAUCUCAGCCCCAUGAUUCCCACAUGAAGAACAUGAACAACAACAACAAUAACAACGGCGCACCCAACCCAACGGACACUCGACGGAUCCCGAGGACGCAAAGCCCGAAAAAUAUUAGCCGGGCUAGGCCAUGGAUCG